AUGAUGGAGAUGAAUGAUAUGUCUGAUGAAAAUCACUUUUUCAAGAGAGAAGACAAUCAUCUUGAAACAUUUACUCUUAUCUGGUUAGAGACCAAUAUCAAUUGUGACCAGAAGCAUGAAGAUAUUGAAGAAAUGCUUCGUAGUACUAUUAAUCAUAUCAAGAAAUUUGAUGAUUUGGACAAAUGUAAAAAGUAUAUCGAAGAAGCAUCAAAAGAUGAUAAAUUAGUACUUCUUAUUAGUGGUCAGUUGGGUCAACAAUUAGUUCCUUUAAUUCAUCAACUUCAACAUAUUUCAGCAAUUUAUAUUUAUUCUGAAGACAAAGAAAACGAUAAAAUCUGGGCUCGUAAUUUUCCUAAAUUGAAGACUAUUAAGAGUGAUCUUGAAAUGUUGGUAUCUCGAAUCAUUGAAGAUCAUAAACAUCGAAGCAACACGGAAGAACUAGUCUGGAUCAACAUGCACACGACAACUAGUGAUGCAGAAGGGGUAUCAACGGUUGUCAAUAGUCCAUUUGUUUUUUCUCAACUACUUAUCGAUUGUCUUCUUCGAUUAACAUCCAAUGAGAUGGAUAAAAAUGAAUUAAUCCGUUGUUGCAAGAAAGAAUACGAAGGAAAUCAUGUUGAACUUGCUAAUCUGAAUGAAUUUCAAAACGAAUAUUCGCCUGAAAAGGCAUUAUGGUGGUAUACUCGCGAAUCAUUCUUUUAUAAGACUCUCAACGCAGCUUUAUGCACGCAAAAUAUUCAUAUGAUGUUUCUAUAUCGUUCUUUCCUUACUGAUACAUAUCAUCAGUUGCAGCAAUGUCAAUCUAAAUGUUCUGUUCGAGUAUACCGAAGGCAGCAAAUGUCAAUUGAUGCGUUAUAUGAUCUUCAGAAUUAUCGUGGACAGUUAGUUUCCGUGAAAUCAUUUCUAUCCACAACUAGACGAAAACCGAUAACUGACUUCUAUAAAGAUGUCGAUACAACUCAACAGAACAGUUUCGAACAAGUUUUAUUUGAGAUUGAUGCUGAUCCUAAAGUAGUUACAACCAAACCAUUUGCUGACAUCAGCAAGUAUAGUGAUUUUUUUCUUGAAUUAGAAGUACUCUUUAUGCCAAAUUCUAUUUUUCGUCUCAAUACUAUCGACUAUGAUGACAAUCAAGGUUGGAUCAUUGGAAUGUCCUUAUGUAAUGAUGAUGAGUACAGUUUAAAGGAAAUUCUUGGACACAUGAAGAAGCAAAAUGGUAUUGGAGAGAUAAAUCUAUAUACAUUUAGUAAGAUGUUAUGGAAAAUGGGCAAAUUUGAUCAAGCUAAAAUGUACUAUAUUCGUUGUGUCAAUGAACUUUCGGAUAAUGACUCUUUACUUUUCAAAGCGUAUGAAGAUCUUGCUGAGAUUACUUCUCAACAAAAUAACUAUAACGAAAGUAUGAAAUGGCAGCAAAAAUUAUCGGACGCUGAAAAGAAGAUAUCAAACAACAACGGUCACGUAAAUAGUAGAUCAUCAAAGAAACUGCCAGGUAUUGGAUCUCGAAAUACACUACGAUGCUACGUAUUUGGAUUUAUCUUUCUUUUCGCCAUAACGCUGGGGAUUGGGAUAUAUUUAGUGAAAUACAUUCCAGUUGGAAAUGGCUACAAUGAUGUCAAUCAGAAUAAUCCUACAAUCGCCAAUACACGAACAGGUAUAGUGGCACUUCUUGAAUAUUUUAUUUCAUUAACAAUGUUACUUAGUUCGUAUAAUUAA